CUUCUUCAAAAUUUUUUUUUUUCUUUGUUAGUUAAUUUUUAAUUUUGUAAUAAUAAAUAUGAAUCCUGUGAGAAGCCAAUCACUUACACACCAUUAUUAUAAGGAACACUUAAAAUGUCAAACUAAUAUAAAACCCAUUCAUAAAAUGACAAGAUCAAGUUCUUUAACUCAUUUACAUCUUAAUAAGGAACGAAAGAAUAAACAAUCUUCACCAGUAAAGUCAAUGUCUCUUCCUUCAUCUCCUCCGCCUGUUCCUCAACAUCAGAUGCUAAUGAUUACGCCACCUACUCGAUCCUCUAGUUUGCAUCAAGAAGAAGAAGAAGAAGAAGAAGAAGGUCAUAAUAAUAAUAAUAAUGAUAUAGCAACCGCACUUUUAGAAUGGAAACACAAGUCAGGAUUUAAAGUAGACUGGGCGAAUCUUUUUUCACCUUCAGUUGAAUUAUGGAAAUUAAGCGGGAAUAUAUUCGGAUCUAUAGAGGAUAUAAUUCAUGAAAGUAACAGUCAAAAAGAAGUAAAGCAUGUUUGUCAUUUAUUAUGGAUGGAAGAUGAAAGUUUUAUACAAAAGAAGGAAAUAGCAAGCUAUCUUGGCAAAUUAGAUCCUUUUUGUCAUCGAGUCUUGAAAGAAUAUAUGAGCUUAUUUGAUUUCAGUCAGUUAAGCUUAAUUGAAUCAUUUAGAAAAUUAUGCUUUAAACUUUAUUUUAAGGCUGAGGCACAAGAAAUAGAUCGAAUAUUAGAAGCCUUUGCUUAUCGAUAUUGGUCACAGCAUAUAGAAGAACAUACAUUAUUUAAAAGACCUGAUAUUGUUUAUACUAUCAUUUAUUCUGUUAUGUUACUAAAUACAGAUCUUUAUCUUAUUCAUUUUAGUCAUCAUCAUACUAAAAUGACGGUGGAGACCUUCUGUAAGAAUACGAUAUCAACAUUACUUGAACAAGAAGAGAUUGUAUCUAGAGAAGAAGAAUGGAAAGAGGAAUUAAUAGAUUAUUUAAAAAGUAUUUAUAUGUCUAUAAAGAAUGAAGCCAUCAUUAUACCUCAAUCAAAAAGCACUCAUAAUAAUAGUAAAUCAUUUCUAAAAAGAAUGGGUUCAUUAACUCAAAAGAAAAAGAAAGAUACUAAUCUAUUAUUACUAUGAAUUGUACAAUAAAAACAAAAAAAUGUAUGACUACUAGACUAUGUUAUAAACUUGAAAUAACAGUCAUUAUUUAUACACGAGAAACCUUUGUUUUAUGAAGUCUAUGAUAGUAUGUGUCAGAGAUAAACUGUAAGAGACUCUUACUAAAGUUAUAUAUACACUAUUCAUAAAGGAAAGGAAAGGAAGAGG